UCUUACUGGGGUAAAAUAACCCAAACUCUUCCCUGCAAAAUCAGCUCUAAAUAACAGCGUAGACUUCUCAGUAUCUCCAGUAUCACUACAAUCCAAGUUUAAUAAGAUAUGCCAAGAUUUUCUUUGGUGAAUUGAUUUUAAUAGCAUGUCAGUUCAUUGCUGAACUUUCAAAUCACAUUCCUAGAAAUGGAGCACAGUGAUGGUGGAAUUGAUUUAAGGGACAUAUUAUUCAUGCCCCUUUCUAAUUAACAAAAUGAAAAUGCUUUUCAAAAAUGUGAAUGAACUAACCAUCUUGAAUUUAUCAUAUCCACAGACGGAAAGCAAAUUAAAAGCAGAAGAAUCUGAUAAUACUACAAUUAUGGAGUUUGUUCUUGUGGGGUUUUCUGAUGUACCCAAUUUACAGUGGAUUCUCUUGGGGAUAUUUUUAGCCAUAUAUCUGAUCAUUUUGUUGGGCAAUAGCAUCAUAAUACUGAUAACAAGAAUUGACCCCACUCUCCAGAACCCCAUGUAUUUUUUCCUUGGCAAUUUUUCCUUCUUAGAAAUACGUUAUGUAACAACCACCGUCCCAAGAAUGCACAGGGAUAUUUGGACCCAGAAAGGAAAUAUUCGUUUUUUGACCUGUGCUACUCAAAUGUCUUUUGUUCUUAUAUUUGGAGGCACAGAGUGUUUGCUCCUGAGAGUGAUGGCCUAUGACUACUAUGUGGCCAUUUGUAACUCCCUGCACUAUCCUGUAGUCAUGAACCACAGGGUCUGUAUCCAGCUGGUGGCUGGCUCCUGGAUCAGUGGAAUUCCAGUCGAAAUUGGGCAAACAUGCCAGAUUUUCUCUCUGUCCUUUUGUGGGUCUAACACAAUUAACCAUUUCUUCUGUGACAUCCCCCCAAUACUCAAGCUUGCUUGUGGAAACACAAUUGUGAAUGAGGUGGCGGUCUAUAUAGUUGCUGUGGUGUUUUUCAUGGUUCCAUUUCCAUUGAUUGUUACCUCCUAUGGCAAAAUUAUCUCAAAUAUCCUGAAAUUGUUCUCAGCCAGAGGGAGGGCCAAAGCCUUCUCCACCUGCUCUUCUCACCUGACAGUUGUAGUCUUAUUCUAUGGAACAGCUGCUAUCAAUUUUUUACAGCCCAAGUCAAAUCAAUCUGAAGGCCUGGGGAAGCUGCUCUCUCUUUUCUAUGCCAUUUUGACACCUAUGAUGAAUCCCAUUAUAUAUAGCCUGAGGAACAAAGACGUCAUGGAGGCACUGAAGAAAUUACUACCUAAGUUAUUAACAUGA